AGUGAGGAUAAAGAGAGGGUGAAGCAACAAUAACAACGUGACUGUGAUUCCCCCCCCCCCCCCCCCUUUAAUUUUUCCUGUAUUUUCCACACACCAACUGCUUUUAAGUGGGAUGAAGUCAUCACCAUCAUCACCGGACUCCUGUUGCUGCAGAGUGGCGCGCUAAAUCAUGAUGAAUAACUUGUGAUCCCCCUCCCCGGACACGCCGUGAGGGAGCGGACAAAAUGCUGCUCUAUCGCGCCACAUGAUGCUGCUGCUGCCGGAACUGUGCGCUUCAGUCUAUCGCCAUCGCUGAGGCACGACUUUACGCAUGGUGAAGGCGCGCGCCGCUUCUCCUCCAAAAUGUGCCAGUGCGACUCUUCCGGAUCGAAACCCAGACGGGGCUCCCUCGCCGUAGCCGGGAAGCUCUUCUUGAAGCACACCACCCUGCACGGCUUGAGGCACAUCUUCCUGAGCGGCUCCUACCCGCGGAGACUCGCCUGGCUGCUGGCUUUUCUGGCGGCUUUGGCGCUGUUCUUCACCUGGUCCUCCAACCGGGUGCGCUACCUGCUCUCCUCGCCCGUGUACACCAAAGCGCACAUGGUGUACGCCAAACGGCUGCUUUUCCCCGCUGUCACCAUCUGCAACCAAAACCUGCUGCUGCCGAGGCGCAUGAAGAAGUCUGACAUAUUCAGCGCCGGGAGGUGGCUGGGACUUUUGGGGAGGAACUGGCAGGUGUCCCCCGCUGCCAGAGAGGCGCUGACGCCCCUCCGGAACGCAGGGAGCAAGACUCCCUGGUCCCCGCUCUCCCGGAUUUUAGACUUUAACCACUUUCUUCCCCCUCCGAGGGAGUCCCAGCCGUCCAUGCGGCAGCUGCUCGACAGGCUCGGCCACCAGCUGGAGGAGAUGGUGCUGUACUGUCGGUACCAGGGGGAACUCUGCGGGCCGCGCAAUUUCAGCACAAUAUUCACACGUUAUGGGAAAUGCUAUACAUUUAAUUCGGGCCAAGAUGGGCGCCCCCUCCUGGUGACGACGAAGGGCGGGAUGGGCAACGGCCUGGAACUCAUGCUGGACAUUCAGCAGGACGAAUACUUACCUGUAUGGGGAGAAACCGACGAGACAUCAUUUGAAGCAGGGAUCAAAGUUCAGAUCCACACACAGGAAGAGCCGCCAUUCAUCGACCAGCUGGGCUUUGGCGUGGCACCGGGGUUCCAGACCUUUGUCUCUUGUCAGGAGCAGCGGUUGACCUACCUGCCUCCACCGUGGGGAGACUGCAAGGCCGCUCCAAUGGACUCGGACUUCUUCAAUACUUACAGCAUCACAGCCUGCCGCAUCGACUGUGAGACGCGCUACCUGGUGGAGAACUGUAACUGCCGAAUGGUCCACAUGCCCGGAGAUGCCCCGUACUGUACCCCGGAGCAGUACAAAGAGUGUGCAGAUCCUGCCUUGGAUUUUCUCGUCGAGAGAGACAAUGACUACUGUGUGUGCGAGACACCGUGCAAUCUGACACGUUAUGGUAAAGAGAUGUCCUUUGUCAAGAUACCAAGUAAAGCCUCGGCCAAGUACCUUGCCAAGAAAUUCAACAAGACAGAGCAGUACAUAGCUGAUAACAUAUUGGUUUUGGACAUCUACUUUGAGGCACUGAACUAUGAAACCAUUGAACAAAAGAAGGCCUAUGAAGUAGCAGGACUUCUGGGCGACAUUGGAGGCCAGAUGGGACUCUUCAUAGGAGCCAGUAUUCUCACCAUUCUUGAACUCUUUGACUAUCUCUAUGAGGUGCUCAAGUACAAGCUGUGCCAGUGUGUGAAGAAGAAACACAAAGGUCGCAGCAACAAGGACCGGGGAGCCGUGUUGAGCCUGGAUGAUGUGAAGCGCCACGCUCCUUGUGAGAACCUGCGUACGCCAGCAACAUAUCCUGGUAACAUGCUACCUCACCACCCGGGCCAGGGUAACUUUGAAGACUUCACUUGUUGAGAAGAAACAGGUGAAGCGUUAAAGUCCGCGUUAUGCAACCAAAGCCAACUACAUGACUGGACUAUCUCCUACACAGAGUGCAAGGGACUGAUCUGAAGUCAGCCUCAAAUGGAGGAACUUUUCAUGGAAGUGGAGGACAACUGACUCAUCAAAUGUGAUCUUCAGCCAAGUGGAGGCAAUUCUCCAAACACACAAAAAAAUAAAAAUACCUGUUCAAUUUCCACAACAGCCAUCAUGCAGCACUCGAAACUCUACGUUUUCUUCUGGAAUACUGCCACAAAAUGAUGCUCAUGGAGAAAUGUUGCCAACACGAACCUCUCUUUCAAAAAGACAAAAACAGAAUCAAAAAGGGGAAAAAGCAAAUAACGGAAAUGUACAGUUAUCUCAUUGUAAACGGAAAAAGAGCCCCCAUGCCUUUAUGUAACAGAGCA